UUGUGUCUCACUCUUGCCUUGCCUUUCCAGGCUGUGCACGAGACCAUCCUGAACAACAAAUUCCUCAUUGUGCGGAACAAGGAGCUGGUGUGGAGAAGAGAAGACAGCCAGCGCUUUUACCAGGAGCACUCUGGACGAUUUUUCUAUCAGAGGCUGGUGGAGUUCAUGGCCAGUGGCCCUAUGCGAGCUUAUAUUCUAGCCCAUGAAGAUGCUGUUGCACUUUGGAGAUCUCUCAUGGGACCCACCAAGGUAUACCAAGCCCGAAAUACAGCUCCAGACUCCAUCCGAGGAGCUUAUGGCCUCACUGACACGAGGAACACCACUCAUGGCUCAGACUCCGCAGCAUCGGCCAGUAGAGAAAUUGCGUUCUUCUUCCCAGAGUUCAGUGAGAGUCAUUGGUACCAGCAGGAUGAGCCAUGUCUGCGCUGUGGCCUGGCACGCUACGAUGCAGAGGAGUGUGUUCACAGCAUACUCAAGGCUGGCAUGACAGAGUCAUCCUAGAGAAGAGAAGGAAACUUACCCCUGACUGACUCCGUUGGAGAUGAGGAGGACGUUGCCUUGCACUCAGGAAGUGCUGCUAGCAGUACUAGCUGGCCUGUCCCUGGAACAAGGACAGGGAACCAUGUAAUGACCAUUACAGUGGACAAAUACCAGAUGCAAUACGCUUUACAUCACACUCUGGGAGAUUGUCUCACUUUACCUCUGGCUGCACAUGUAGUGCCUAGAUAGCAUGGUGC